AUGGCCACCGCGAACGAGGACCUGUGGACCCAAUCAUGCGGCUGGAAAGCAGCAUGCAACCCAACUACCCCAGACCCAGCCUAUAAAAUGGAGGGAAAAUUAGCAGGUAAAAAAACAGGACACAAGGCAGAUAUCCCCACUGCAGUACAAUGCAGGACAGGAAUACAGAAGGAGGCAGACAAAGUCAAUUUAAAAAGUUGUACAGCAGAAGGAGAGGCCAAGUAA